UUCUCUCAGGGUGAGUUUCAGAGACAAGGGGGAGAUAUCAUCUGGGUGAGAGAGAUUCGAGCGGCCACUUUGCCACUGGAAAUCCUCCUUUCCUGCCCUCUCAAUCACUCCGCACCACCGAGCCUUACCUUUAUCUUCUUUCUUCUUUCGUCGCGAGGAGGCAAAUUAAAAAUACAAAAUGGAGGCCAUCAAGAAAAAGAUGCAGAUGCUGAAACUGGACAAGGAGAAUGCCCUCGACAGAGCAGAGCAGGCUGAAGCCGAUAAGAAAGCAGCAGAGGAGAGGAGCAAACAGUUGGAGGAUGAGCUGGCGGCAAUGCAAAAGCGACUGAAGGGUACAGAGGAUGAACUGGACAAGUAUUCAGAGGCCCUGAAAGAUGCCCAGGAGAAACUGGAACUGGCUGAGAAGAAGGCUGCUGAUGCUGAGGCGGAGGUGGCCUCUUUGAACCGCCGCAUCCAACUGGUUGAAGAGGAGUUGGACCGCGCUCAGGAGCGUCUGGCCACGGCCUUGCAGAAACUGGAGGAGGCUGAGAAGGCAGCAGAUGAAAGCGAGAGAGGAAUGAAGGUGAUUGAGAACCGUGCCCUAAAGGACGAGGAGAAGAUGGAGCUGCAAGAGAUCCAGCUGAAGGAAGCCAAACACAUUGCAGAGGAGGCAGAUCGCAAGUAUGAAGAGGUUGCCCGCAAGCUGGUGAUCAUUGAGGGUGAUCUUGAGCGGACUGAGGAGCGUGCUGAGGUGACAGAGUCCAAUUUGCGGAAAUUGGAGGAGGAACUUAGAAGCAGGGAUCAGUCUUUGAAAACCUUACUCGCGUUAGAGGAAAAGUACUCUCAAAAGGAAGACAAAUAUGAAGAAGAAAUCAAGCUCCUGACUGAUAAACUGAAGGAGGCUGAGACCCGCGCUGAGUUUGCAGAACGCACUGUAGCGAAGCUGGAGAAGACCAUCGACGAUUUAGAAGAUAAACUCGCUCGGAACAAGGAGGAGAACCUGAACAUGCACCACAUGCUGGACCAGACCCUGCAGGAGCUGCACAACUUGUGAAGCACUGACGGCCUCCCUGUCGCCUGGAUCACCUUGUCUCUCCCCCCUCCCCAAGCCCCUGAGCCCUGCGACCCACAGUGCCAAACAAUAUCCCAACCCCCCCCCCCAUCAAGGGCAGCAGGCGGAACAGAUCAAAGCCACGAGUAAAGGCAAUGAUGUGUGCAAUUCCCUGCCCGCUCACUGCUUUCCAUGUGAAACCACUGCUGCUUCGUGUUGCCUAUAGAACGAAUCUCUGUGCAGGGUGUUGGUGUGGAGAGGAGAUACCUUUGCAUACCUUUCCCCACUCCCCCACCACGCUACCUUGGUCAGUUGGAGGGAGAGGACUGCAGGAGGGAAUGGGGAAGAGAAUCCCCGUGUUUGGGAUACUGCAGAGGUGGACUGGGUUGCUGGCUGAAAGUUUCACCACUGGGUCUGACACCUUCACAGUGGCACAGCGGGCAGAGACACUGACUCGCUGCCUCAGGGACCUAGGUUCCAUUUCUGUCUCCGUUUACACAUUCCCUUGCAUCUCUCUCCCCUCCACCCCGCCCCAACCUCAGCAUUAGACAUCAGAGCAGAAUGCGGCCAUUCGGUCCAUCAAGUCUCUGCCAUUCUAUCAUGCCUGAUUUAUUUUCCUGCUCCUGCCUUCCCCCAUAACCUUUGACACCAUGUCUAAUCAAGACCCUAUCAACCUCCGCUUUAAAUAUACCCGGCUGUCUGUGGCAAUGAAUUGCACAGAUUCACCACCCUCUGACUAAAGAAAUUGCUCCUCAUCUUUGAUCUAAAUGGACAUCCCUCUAUCCUGAGGCUGUACCUUUUGGCCCUAGACUCACCCACUACUGGAAACUCUUAAUGUCCACACUUUCAAUAUUCAGUAGGUUUCAAUGAGAUCUUUCCUUCCUUCCCCCUCCCCCCAACUCCCCACACAAUUGUUCUAAACUCCAGCGAGUUCAGGCCCAGAGUGAUCAAAUGCUCCUCGUACAUUAACCCUUUCAUCAUUCUUGUAAACCACCUCUGGACCCUCUCCAAUACCAGCCUAUCUUUUCUUAGAUACGGGACCCAAAACUGCUCACAGUAUUCCAUAUGUGGGCAAGCCAAAGCCUUUCAAACUCUCAGCAUGAAAUCCUUGCUUUUAUAUUCUACCCCUCUCAAAAUGAAUUGCACUUGCCUUUUUUACUACCCACUCAACCUGCCUCCCCCUCCCUCCACACCCCCCCCCCGCCCGAGUGCUCUGGUUUCCCCCAUCAUUGUCUUCCCAACAAUAUGCAGGCUGUUUGAUGUAAAUUGGGUGAAAAAUAUCUUUGGAUUUCCUCUGUAUGCUUUAACCCAAAGCUGUUUUAGCCUCUGCUGUGGUGAAAAACUUCCCACUAUUAACCCCAUCUUGUAAUGUUAUAUACUCCCCUCAUCCUCAUCCACCCCAAGAAAAAUAAAUUCAGCCAAUCCAAUCUCUCCCCCAGCUCCAUCCUAAGCAGCACCCUGGUAAAUUUACUCGGCACCCUCCCUGUCAUGGCCUUUCUGCGGUGUGGUGACCAAAACUGCAUGCUGAGAUCUGACCACAUUCAGUGCCACAAUUCAAUGUCCCCUCCAGUAUAAUCACAUCCUUCUGACUUCCUCGGAGACACAAGAGACUGCAGAUGUUGGAACCUCUCUGCCCGUCCGACUCUAUCCGGCACACUCCUUUCCCCGAUGGCUCCCAUCCAUCGUCACCUUCCUAGUCAGAUUCCAGCUCUUGUGCCACCUCAGGGCGUCCCGAAACAAAGCCAGCCAGGUUCAUUUGGAGUGGGUAAUAUAGGCAAACCAAAAAUCUGGCCGAAGUAUAAACACAAGGGAUUCUGAAGAUGCUGGAAAUCCAGAGUAACACACACAAAAUGAACUCAGCAGGUCCAUAGGAGCAACUCAGGAUAAAUGGAAAACAGUCAACAUUUUGGGCUGAGACCCCUCAUCAAGACUUAACCAUUCGAGGUUUCGGCCUGAAACUUUGAUUGUUUAUUAAUUUCCAUAGAAGCUGCCUGACCUGCUGCGUCUCCAGCAUUUUGUGUGUGGUACUUUUCUUUUGAAGUAACAGAUAUUUUUAUAAUACAGGUCUUAGAUACAAUAUAUUUAUUUGAACUGUGUUUAAAACAAUGAAUUAAACCUGCAUUAAUUAAUAAACCCUGAGAGAAAUUAGAUUCAAAACAUGUGUGAGCCCUGACCAUAGAGUAUCAACCGUCUUCAGUGGAAUUAUGUGACUUAUAUUUGAAAGAGAGUUUUGUAACUUCGAUUUUUUUUCAUGUUGCAAUAAAGGACCGAUUUCUGGAAGCUGUUCCAAUGUGUGUUUAAUAAAGCAGAAUUGUUAA